AUGGAGAAGACUCCAGAGGAGAUCGUUACAAUUCUUGAUGAGUUAUCUGAAGAUGCUAAUCAGUGGCCCUCUGAGAGUGCUGAAAGAAGAAGAUCAACUGGUUUUCACCAAGUUGAUGCUAAUACAUUUAUGCAGAGAGUCCCAGGUACUCUACCCUCUGAUACUGAAAGAAACCCCAAAGAACCAGUAAAUGAUGUAACCUUGAGAAGUGGGCAAGUGUUGAAAGAAAAGAUGUGGAACUUGAAAAAAAAAGCAGAGCAACUGAAAACUGAUGUUGAUAAGAAGAAGAAAAGCAAGAAGGGAGUUGAGAAAAAGAAUAAGGAAGAGGUUUUGAGAAGGGAGGAACCUGAAGAGAGCAAGCAUAUGCCUGUUUUACCUUUCCUACAAAAGCUAUACAGAGAAAAGCUUGACAAUCAGUUUGAGAAAUUUCUGGAUAUGCUGAAACAAGUUCAUGUGAACUUAACAUUCACAAAAGUACUCUCACAAAUGCAGGCUUAUACAAAACUCUUGAAGAAGAUCCUAACAAAGAAGAGAAAAAUAGAGGAGACCUCAGUGGUCAAGCUCAAAGAGCAUUGCAGCGCAAUGCUGCAAAAAAAACUCCCACAAAUGUGUGGAGAUCCAGGGAAUUUUACUAUAGCUUGCUGUUGA